CACAAGAAACCGGAAGUGCUGCAGCCGCCGCUGCAGCCGCUACCGCCGCCGCCCUUAAGUGCCGUGUUCACCGCUUGGGUUGCCGCCGGCGCCGUCGCCAAGGAAGCCGCUUCAGCCCGGUUGGGAGUGGAGGCGGCGCGGCAUGAAGCGGCGCAGGCCCGCUCCGUAGCGCGCGUCGGGACGGUCCGGGCGGGGCCGGGGGGGGGAAGGUGCAGUAUCCGCCCCCUCUCCUUCUCCUUAGCCCGGGAGGCCUGCGUCCCAGCCCACUCGGGCCUCUCCGCCUCACCAAGGAGCGGCCUGGCGCGUCCCCCCGGUUAGCCCUCUCUGCGGCUUACCCGGCGCGCCGCCAAGCUCGGGCCACAGCCGGUGGCGGGGCCCUACUUGCCGGAAGAGGAAGCCGAGGCUCUCAGAUUCCGAGUCAGCCAACGUCCACCGAGCGUCCCUUGAGCGCUGGCUGCUGGCCUCCGGACUUCCAUGUCCGUUAUCUUAAUUGAGUCUAGCCGGGGUUGGGAGCCGGGUAUUGUCCGGUCUUACAGAUGAGAAAUGGAAUCCCACAGAGGCCAAAGGGUUUGCCUAAAGUCCGACUGUGGCAGAUCGGAUUCGAACUGAGAUUUUCUCUUUUCCCAGCUGAUAUUCUUUCUGCCGCCCCACUCUAGGUCGAGUCCUUCCUUGUUCACUGGCCCCUUCUCAUUCUGUUUUACCCUCCUGGGGCAGGAUAGGUACUUUCCUUUCCUUUUUCAAACCUCUCCCCUCACACACUUUUCCUCUAAGACUAGGCAUCUCCCUCACACCCCCUUCUCAACAUUCUCUGUUACACUUUUCCUCUUCAUUCUCAUUUUAGCUUUCAACAUCUUUGUCCACUUUGUGAUAAUGAACCUUUCAGCUCGCUGUGGAUCCUGACAAAUGAAAUAGCUAGGCUUCAAUGAGGGGUGGGAUAUGUUAAGUGUUCAAAAUGGCCCCGGGAUUAAAAAUUAAGGCGUGACACUUGAAUGGGUUCAAAUUUAAGACUCUUGAAGAUAUUUUCUAACCUGACAUGCUCUUCUCUGAAUGAGAGGCUUAGCGCGUGGGAAGAUGCCUUGACACCUUAGUCCGUUGGUGCUGUGUUAAGCACAACUUUUUUUCCCUCCAUUUAGCGCCGGACUUUUCUCAUCACAUUUCCCUCCAUCACCUGUUUGGGCUAGGAACGCCCAGAAUUAAAACUGAUAACAAAGUUACAGGUGUAAUCACAGAUCCUGUUUUUUUUUUCCCCCUUUUUCUAAACCAGAAUUUCAACAAACUUAACACUUGCAUUACCAGGGAAGUUCCCUAAUUCAGUUAUUUUCAGAUACACGUGAAAAAGGAAGACGCAAAAAUGGAAUGCACUGAAGAGAUAAUACUUUAUCUUGUGAAAAGCAUAUUAUUUCCAAGUUAAUUUUUUUUUACAAAAAUGGCCAGUUCUAUAAUUCUUAUUGGUUAUUCUACUGAGUCUAUCUCCAACCAGUGAAAUAUAUAUUCUGCAAAAUAAAACAGUGGGCACAUAGAAAUAAAUUUUAUUAUUAAUCAUUAGUAAUUUUUGAGAAUUUGCAAUAGCCACUGAGUAACCUCACAUAUGUAUGCCUUUUAUUCUUUUUAAAUUUCUUCCAUAAUUUUCCUCUUAAUAUAUGGAUGUCAGGAUAUACACUACUAAUGCAUAUUCUUUUGAGUAAAUUGGUGUAUAUAUUUCUGAAAUGAAGUAACUUUAUAAUUUUAUAAUUAAAAUGCAGAUACAGAGUAAUUCAGGCAUUUAUAUUAUACCAAAAAGAAUGUUUCUGCAUUAAUUUUAAGCACUAUUUGAGACUUUAGGUUUAAAUCUUUUGGGCCAUAUGUGAUCCAUUUUAAUAAUGAUCAACAGCCUUUUAUCUUAUUUCAUUAUCCUGGUGAGCAGGAUUGGAUGGUGAGAAAAAGAAAGACUCCUCUGAGAAGAGAACAGGAUGAGCAGAGGGAUCUGUGCUUGAAGUUGAGUCACUUGAGAAAGAUCUCUUUGAAUGUGGAAGAGAUCUGAGCAGAUGAAAAUACAAUCAGGAAAAUGCACCAUGGCAGCAGCGAUGGAAACAGAACAGCUGGGUGUUGAGAUCUUUGAAACUGCAGAGUGUGAGGAGAAUAUUGAAUCACAGGAUCGGCCUAAAUUGGAGCCAUUUUAUGUUGAGCGAUAUUCUUGGAGUCAGCUUAAAAAGCUGCUUGCUGAUACCAGAAAAUAUCAUGGAUACAUGAUGGCUAAGGCACCACAUGAUUUUAUGUUUGUGAAGAGAAACGAUCCAGAUGGGCCUCAUUCAGACAGGAUCUAUUACCUUGCUAUGUCUGGUGAGAACAGAGAAAAUACACUGUUUUAUUCUGAAAUUCCCAAAACUAUCAACAGAGCAGCAGUCUUAAUGCUCUCUUGGAAGCCUCUUUUGGAUCUUUUUCAGCAACAACCCUUACGGCCCAAUUUAGUGGAGACUAGUUGUCCCAACAUUCGGAUGGAUCCAAAAUUAUGCCCGGCUGAUCCAGACUGGAUUGCUUUUAUACAUAGCAAUGAUAUUUGGAUAUCCAACAUUGUAACAAGAGAAGAAAGGAGACUCACCUAUGUGCACAAUGAGCUAGCCAGCAUGGAAGAGGAUCCCAGAUCAGCUGGAGUUGCUACCUUUGUUCUUCAAGAAGAAUUUGAUAGAUAUUCUGGCUAUUGGUGGUGUCCGGAAGCUGAAACAACUCCCAGUGGCAGUAAAAUUCUUAGAAUUCUGUAUGAAGAAAAUGAUGAAUCCGAGGUGGAAAUUAUUCAUGUUACAUCCCCUUUGUUGGAAACAAGGAGGGCAGAUUCAUUCCGUUAUCCUAAAACAGGUACAGCAAAUCCAAAAGUCACUUUUAAGAUGUCAGAAAUACUGAUUGAUGCUGAAGGAAGGAUUAUAGAUGUCAUAGAUAAGGAACUAAUUCAGCCUUUUGAGAUUCUGUUUGAAGGAGUUGAAUAUAUUGCCAGAGCUGGAUGGACUCCAGAGGGAAAAUAUGCUUGGGCCAUCCUACUAGAUCGCUCCCAAACUCGCCUACAGAUAGUGUUGAUCUCACCUGAAUUAUUUAUCCCAGUAGAAGAUGAUGCCAUGGAAAGACAGAGACUCAUCGAGUCAGUGCCUGACUCUGUGACACCACUGAUUAUCUAUGAAGAAACAACAGACAUCUGGAUAAAUAUCCAUGACAUCUUUCAUGUUUUUCCCCAAAGUCAUGAAGAUGAAAUUGAAUUUAUUUUUGCCUCUGAAUGCAAAACAGGUUUCCGUCAUUUAUAUAAAAUCACAUCCAUUUUAAAGGAGAGCAAAUAUAAACGAUCCAGUGGUGGGCUGCCAGCCCCAAGUGAUUUCAAGUGUCCUGUCAAAGAGGAAAUAGCAAUUACCAGUGGUGAAUGGGAAGUUCUUGGCCGUCACGGAUCUAAUAUCCAGGUUGAUGAAGUCAGAAAGCUGGUAUACUUUGAAGGCACCAAAGAUUCUCCUUUAGAACAUCACUUAUAUGUGGUCAGUUAUGUAAACCCUGGAGAGGUGACAAGGCUGACCGACCGUGGCUAUUCCCACUCUUGCUGCAUCAGCCGGCAUUGUGACUUCUUUAUAAGUAAGUAUAGUAAUCAGAAGAAUCCACACUGUGUGUCCCUUUACAAGCUAUCAAGUGCUGAAGAUGAUCCAACUUGCAAAACAAAGGAAUUUUGGGCCACCAUUUUGGAUUCAGCAGGUCCUCUUCCUGACUACACCCCUCCAGAAAUUUUCUCUUUUGAAAGCACUACUGGCUUUACUUUGUAUGGGAUGCUGUACAAACCUCAUGAUCUACAACCUGGAAAGAAAUACCCUACUGUGCUAUUUAUAUAUGGUGGUCCUCAGGUGCAGUUGGUGAAUAAUCGAUUUAAAGGAAUCAAGUAUUUCCGAUUGAAUACCCUAGCCUCUCUGGGUUAUGUGGUGGUAGUGAUAGACAACAGGGGAUCCUGUCACCGAGGGCUUAAAUUUGAAGGCGCCUUUAAAUAUAAAAUGGGUCAAAUAGAAAUUGACGAUCAGGUGGAAGGACUCCAAUAUCUAGCCUCUCAAUAUGAUUUCAUUGACUUAGAUCGUGUGGGCAUCCAUGGCUGGUCCUAUGGAGGAUACCUCUCUCUGAUGGCAUUAAUGCAGAGGUCAGAUAUCUUCAGGGUUGCUAUUGCUGGGGCCCCAGUCACUCUGUGGAUCUUCUAUGAUACAGGCUAUACGGAGCGUUAUAUGGGUCACCCUGACCAGAAUGAACAGGGCUAUUACUUAGGAUCUGUGGCCAUGCAAGCAGAGAAGUUCCCCUCUGAACCAAAUCGUUUACUACUCUUACAUGGGUUCUUAGAUGAGAAUGUCCAUUUUGCACACACCAGUAUAUUACUGAGUUUUUUAGUGAGGGCUGGAAAGCCUUAUGAUUUACAGAUCUAUCCUCAGGAGAGACACAGCAUAAGAGUUCCUGAAUCUGGAGAACAUUAUGAACUGCAUCUUUUGCACUACCUUCAAGAGAACCUUGGAUCACGUAUUGCUGCUCUGAAAGUGAUAUAAUUCUGACCUGUGUAGAACUCUGGUAUACACUGGCUGUUUAACCAAAUGAGGAGGGUUAAUCGGUAGAGAAUGGAUCAUCACAUUUUGGUACCUGCCACAUAACAUCUACUUCUGAAAAUAUUUUGGUGCCAUGCAGGUGUUUACAGCUUGUGGACAGUAAUCUAAUACCUUAACCACACACACACAAAAUUGAAUGACACGUAUUUCUAAGGCACCCAGCAAUACCAUGAGAAUUACUGAAAGAAAUAAGACAUUAGCACCGUAUAUCCAUACUACCUUAUUUUCAUUUUUAAUAGCAUUAUGAACCUCAUGGAUUUAAUUAGUGUAUUUUUACAGUAUACUUCUGAGUUUGUUAAAAUAUGAUGAUAUUAGUGAUUGGUUUGGUUCAAUUCAAGAAUCUCUGACUAGUUACAGAUUUGAUAGCACUUAAAUGUAAUUGAAUAGCUUAUAUACUUCAUUGCUUGGGGUGUAUCCAGCAUGUUUCAAACUAAUCACUAUUAAACCUAUGGCUUAACCAGUCUUUAAUGAUUUUUCAAGGAUAACUUAGUGGCCUCCUAAAGACACUUAUUUUGUUUCAUUCAAACUCUGACCAGUUUAUAGCCAAUUUAAACUGUAUCUAGUAUAAAUAGUUCUCUUUGAUGAUAUGACCGAGUGGGUUUUUUCCUUUCACAUAAAGACAAGUAACUGUAUAUGUAGCAUGAAUUUAAUUAGUCUUAUAAUAUUGAUAAUUACAGGCAGAAAAAUUUUAAUCAAAUGAUUAGAGCUUAAAUAUUUGCAGGCAAUUUCCCUUAAGAAAUGAAAAAAAGUACACAUUCACUUAGAUUCUUCAGAAAAUUUAGUGGUGCCAGUUUCUACUGGGUAUUUCCUUAUCAAAAUGUUUCAGAGUUUUAGGGUGAUGGAAGGGAAUUUCAGUGGGUUUGGGGAGACUCUAGGGUGUGGAGAAUGACAGGGAGAGGAUAAGGCAAGGGUUUGCUUAAGAGCUAAGCAAAAGCAUAAUUUGUCUAAAAAUACCCAUGAAAAAGUUUGGGAAUUGAAAUUUAAACUCCUAGAAUAUUAGUUAAGGAAACCAAAAUUAAGAAAUCACGCUCUUGCCAACACAGUUACAGCCUAAUAUUAUUCAGGGAAGGAGAAGAUCCUUAGAGUUUUGUAAUUCUGAUUCUGAUUUUUUUAUUAUUAUUUUCUUUAACUUUGGAAACCUUACAAAUUGAAACUGUCUUUAACCAUUUUAAAUUAUUUGAGCAUUAUUUAGAUAUUGUGAGCUUGAAACAAAGAGGUUUCCAGACAACCUCUUUACCAUAAACUGAUCCCUGAUAAACCAUGGCUCUUUUUUUCAGUGUUCAGAGCUUAUAAGCAGUUUUUUGAGUGGCCAUUUUCCUGGUUUAGCCCUAGCACUUGACUGUUGAGGGAGCUCAUAGUGCCGACUGGUGCCGAUUGGGAUCUGUCAUCUUAGAAUUUUAGGGUGCUAGAUGGGUCACAUUGGAGCCAGUGGCAGAGAAGGCACCUAUGAGUUUGACCCUUUAUAUCAUAAGCCUCAGUGUUUGGAAAGUUGUUAUCAGUACUUUUAAAACAACGCUCCAAAACAAACAGAAUCAAACAAAAAAACCUCCUGUUCUUUCUCACCACUACAGAGAGAGUAGAUUUCUCCCCUAGAGAGCACAGCCUCCAUUACUAAGGACAGUGACUGUGUAUCAGAGGUGGACUUUACCAUUGAGGGCCAUAUGGGAGCUGGACGAAGUCCAGAGAUGGCAGAGUGACCCGGCGGUUCUGUCCGUGGAAGGUUUUUGGGUUUUGCUGUUUUUGUAUUUACACUGUAUAAUAGGUACCAUACCUAUAUUUUCCUUAUUGUCUGUAUAUGUUUUGAUUUUCUUGUUUAUGAUAUUUUCCCAUGCUGAGAUUUGUUUAUAUAUUUUUCAAUGUUAAAUUAAAUUGAUUUGGGUAACUUUUCUUCCCCAAGAAAGUGUUUUCCCCCAUAUGAA